UGAGAUGUACCUUUGUGAAAGAUAACACAUUACCUUUUUACAUAGUUACUCUAAGGUUAAUGAGAAUAACAAUGAACCUGACUCACAAACAGGAAAAGUAACAUUCAUAUUAGCAUUAAAAGAAGAUAUAAGAUAAGAUAUAAGAAUAAAUGAAAUUAAUUAAACUACCACAUCAAAAUCAUAUGAUAAGCAUUCAGUACACAAGAGAGAUGAUAUUGGUGACAAUCUACUAUGAUUCAGACAAUGCUUUCAGAACAAGACAGAUUAGAUCUGCUUCCUUUAGAAGUGCUGAACCAUACGAGACAACUCUCAUGAUAUAAAGUCUUACAAAAACUUAACGUAGAGCAAACUUCAAACUGGAAAAUAUAAGUAGUUUACAAUUUGUGUGUUGAUGGCACUUUAUGCCUCAUCAUCAGCUGAUAAUAAGUAUGGCCUAAGGGUUAAAAAACAUAAACAUACUUAUUUUGUAAUAUAUAUUUUCUAUCUUAAAGUUUAAUUGGAAAUAGUUAUAUUUUGUUUUAAUGAUUUAUAAUAUAAAAGCAUCAACACUUAGUAUCUCUUGCUACAGGUGUAGGGGAAAGUGAAACUAGUGGUGGAGAUGAAUGGAGUAGUGGAGAUGAGACGGACUCCUCAACCACAGUAUCUUCCACUCAUCAGGAUCCUCACUGUGACUGCUGUUAUUGCCACAUGCUCCACCAUAAGCAGGGUGGCGGCCGGCAGAAAUAUAGUGACAGAAGAGAGAGAUUACUCAAAAUCUUAUCCUGUAAGAAAAAUGCUCGCAACAAUGCUGUGUGUCCUAACGCUACCACAGCAAAUGCAGUUACAGCUGUUUCUGAUAAUACUGAAGUCCCUACAAGCACAGGAGGGACACCACUUGGAGGGCAGAAUAUAGAUAAAAUUAUGGAUUAUAUUGAAAGCAAUCAGACAGAUGAAGCAAAACGAGCUAAGAAAGCAGCCAAAAAGGCUCGUCAGAGGCAAAAGAAGGUUUGUGUUCAGAUGUACAUUCCUUUUAAAAUAGAGUAGUGUAUUUUUUUUUUUUUUUUUUUUUUUUUUUUGUGUGUGUGUGUGUGUGGAAUGUAUCUUAUAUCAUCAUCAUUAUUUGGGAGCUAACGCCGGCAAGGGCGCAUAGCCGCAUCCACCCUUUGCUUCUACCUACGAGGGUCCCUAAUAGCGCGCCGCCAGAAAGGGGCCCGGCUCAUCUCUAGUUCCUCACGACAGGUUUGAUCGAUCUGCCCAAGCCACGACCUUCUCCACCCAGGGUUGUCACGGACAGAACCUGAUAGGCAGGGUCAUUCUGCCCAGCCAAGUGGCCGUAUAGCCUAAGUUGGCGAUCACGGAUUGCGCAAGCAGCAGGUCCUGUACCAGUCUCACGGUGCAGCCGUUAGUUGG